AUGUGGUUUCAUCGAUCAUUAGUUUUUGUUAUAUUUAUGGUUUCAAGCUUCAGGAUCUGGGAAUUAAGCAAUGCAGAUUCAAUUUCUAACUACAUCACUGUUUCUUCCACCGGUCAUGGAGAUUUCAGAACAAUUACUGAAGCUAUUGAACAAGGCAUUCCUGAGAACAAUAAUCACUGGAUUCAGAUCUCUGUUAUGCCAGUAUUUUGGUCUUAUGAUGUUAAAUAUAUCCGUCGCAGUGAGAAAGUUACAGUUCCUUCAAACAAACCGUUUAUUAUCCUCGAAGGCACCAGCAAAGAUACAACAAAGGUUAAUUGGAACGGUAACUCAGAUUUCUCCAAUGCUUCUUUGCAAGUAUUGGCUUCAAAUUUUGUGGCAAGACGAAUAACUUUCCAGUUUUCAUCACAGAAUACAUACAAUCAUUCAUCUGAUGGUGAUCAGAGAAAACAGGCAUUGGCAGCAUCAAUUGAAGGAAACAAAAUAUUAUUCUACGAUUGUCGUUUCAUUAGUGUGCAAGAUACCUUGUUCGAUGGUUCUGGUCUACAUUACUUCAAGAAUUGUUAUAUCGAAGGAGCUGUUGAUUUCAUUUUCGGCAAUGGACAGUCAAUUUAUGAGGAUUGCAAUAUAAAUGUAACCGCGGGGCUUACCGGGGCGAUUCCAGGAUAUAUAACAGCACAAAAUAGAGAAGGGAGAAAUGAAUCAACUGGUUUUGUGUUUAAAUCCUGUAAUAUAUCAGGGAGUGGUCCAACAUAUCUUGGAAGAGCAUAUGGUCCUUCUUCAAGAGUUAUAUUUUAUAAAUGCCAAAUUUCAAAUAUUGUAGUUCCAGAGGGAUGGGAUGCUUGGAAGAACAAAGGCAAAGAAGACUCCAUAACUUAUGAGGAGAUAGAUAACAAUGGAGCUGGUUCAGACACUUCAAAGCGUGUUCCUUGGAUAAACAAACUCAAUGCUAAUGAGGUGGAUCAGCUUGUAUCUAUUUCUUUCAUUGAUGCCGAUUCUUGGCUUGGUGGGAUAGCAAAGUAGAAAAAUGUUAGGUAUUGUAUGCCA